AUGUUGCAGAACCUGAGCACCGGCUCAUCAAUAGAUUCCGAAUCAAGUCAUAAACGUCGGCUUAUGCCAAUGAUGUAUCAAAUGUAUGAAAGUCAAUAUGAAGAUCUUCGCGGGACCAUUUACGGUCCAGACAGUCCAGACUUCCACCCCGCACAAGCUAGCGAGACUUUGCGGAAGGCCCUGAGUGGAAUGGAAACCAAAGAUCAAAUCGUGAUCAACACCCUUCUCUAUCAUAAUAACUUUCAACGUCAGAAAAUCCUUGGCGCUUAUGAAGAUAUGUAUGGCAGAAAGUUGGUCGAUGAUCUUGAAGAAGAGGCUGGAGGAUAUUUUCUGGAAAUGACCCAGGCUCUAUUGAAACCGGCCCCACAGUAUGAUACCAUGUGCUUGCAUCGAUCUUUAUCAAAUCGCUACGCUGAUCGUUCUGUUGCUAUCGAGAUCGCCUGCACUAGAUCAGCACGGCAACUCCGAAUCAUCCGCGAAACCUAUCAAAACGAUUACAAGAAAACAAUAGAAAAAGAUAUUGCAGUGAAGGUGGAAGGCGUUGUCGGAAAGAUGCUUACUAUGCUUUUAUGCAAAUCUAGAAAUGACGACGGAAUGAGAGUCGAUGACAGUCUGGUAGAAAAGCAUGCACAAAUGCUACUUAGCAACUCCCUUGACGAAAUCGGAAGGAACCUAACCCUUUUCGAACAAGUGUUUGUUGGAAAUUCAUGGAAACAUCUUGCAGCAGUGUUUGAUCGGGUCGACGAAAUGCGACGAGACGAGAAAGACAUUGAAACUUUGAUAAGAAAAAACAAAUCCCUUCAUUCGGAAGUUCGAAUGAUUUUCCUGACCAUCAUUCGUGUCUCGAAAAAUAUGCAGCUCUACUUUGCCGAGUUGUUGCGAGCAGCGAUGACUGGUGAAAGGCCGGAUCAUCAGACGAUUAUACGCAUUGCCGUCAGCCGUAGUGAGAUCGAUCUCUACGAUAUUGCCGAAGAAUAUCGACGUAAAUACAAUCGCUCACUCGAAUUGGACAUUCAACAGACCUGCAGUGGCGACUAUAUGCGUCUAUUAUCUGCACUGCUCUCUGCUGCAAACAAUAAUAAUAAUCUUUUGUAGAUUUAGGAAUUAAUCAGGCUGUGCAUUCAUCUAUUAAUGUACUGUAUAUUACCCGAUUGUAAUUGUACCCAUACAAAUAUAGCUUAAAAGAUUUGACGACCGAUUUCAAG